UGGGCGCAGGCGCGGUUCGCCUUGCGUCUCGCUGCCGCUCGCGCCACCCUGGCUGGGCACCGCGGCGAACGCUCCAGCGCGGCCGUCGUCGGGUCCGACGCGGACAUGUCUACGCCGCCCUGGCAGACAGCUGCAGGGCAGCAGUGGGCGUGCACGGCCUCCCGUGUCUGCGGGUUUCGGACCAACUUUUGGCCCCGUGCCACCUGCUGCAGGUGCGGCCGCGACAAGCUCGGGGGGCUGCGGGAGGUCGAGGGCUCCGCCUCCAUCAAGCUGCCCUCGCCUCGGCCGCUUCUGCUGGCCGCCGCCGCCGCCGCGCUGCGCCUGGGGGGGCUGCAGGCCCCGCGCAACCAGCAGUGCGGCGAUGACCACCCACUGGUCGCAGCAGCUCGGGGGGGCCUCGCGAGGAUCGAGGCGGAGGAGCGCGGGGCCCAGCCUGCCGAGGUGCUUCUGUGCAGCCUCCAGGAGCGCCUCGACGACGCCAUGGCCAACCUUGACCAGGCCACCGAGGCCUUGGCGGCGUCGACGGCUGAGGUCAAAGGCCUCGCCAGCUUGCUGGCCCAGCGCGGGGCAGAGGAGGCCGACGUCGAGGCCGAGAUGGCGGAUGUGCGCCGCUCCGCGGCGGCCGCGGUGUCUGCCCCCGCGGGUGACCUGGCUGGUCUCGCCGCCGCGCUGGUCGGUCUCCAGGCGCUCCUCGGCAGUGCCCAGUCCGCGGUGGCCAACGGCCGGGGGGUCCAGCUGCUGGAGGCCAUCGACAGCCAGGUUCUGGCAAUGGGCGCUGCCUUCCUUGCCCAGGCCUUGCAGGGUGCCCUCGACCCGCUUGGCGCUGCCGCGUCGGCCGGCCCAGCCACGG